CCCUGGGUGUAGCUGGACUCACGGAAGAAUAGAAGGUAACAGCUGCUCCCAACAAUGGCCUCCACUCUCUAUUUGUCACCCAGUGACUGAAUAUAAAAGAGGCCUCUGAGCAAAGUGCCAAGCAGAUGAAUGCUUCUGGCUGCUUAAACACUGGGGUCUUCUAAAAGAAACCUUUGCUUGACACAGCAUCAUGAGCUCUUCCCACCUAAGCAACAGAGCUGAGAGCCAUUUCCAGGCACAAGAAGAACAUGAACUGGAAACUCUGGGGAAGAAGGCAUGGGACAACCCUGUUUACAACGGAUCCCCUUCCUCCUCCCUGAAAAUCAGGGCAAUCUACAAUCCAAAAUCCAUUUUGGAAAAUCCCUAUGAGAAUAUUGAAAAACUGACUGGCUCCCUGUCCUACCCAAAUGACAGAAAGGCUAACGAGGAAGCAAAGAAGAAGGAAGCACCCUUCCCAGGAUGCUGCUACUAUGUCUUCAAAGGCAUCCGAGGGCUUUGGGGCACAACCUUGACUGAAAAUACCACUGAGAACCGAGAGCUUUACGUAAAGACCACACUGCGUGAACUUCUGGUCUAUAUUGUAUUCUUGGUGGACAUCUGUUUGUUGACCUAUGGGAUGACCAGUUCAAAUGCCUAUUACUACACCAAAGUGAUGUCUGAACUCUUUUUGCAAACUCCUUCGGACAGUGGUGUCUCCUUCCAGACUAUUGGAAGUAUGGCUGACUUUUGGCGAUACACACAAGGACCUUUCUUGGAUAGUUUGUAUUGGACUAAAUGGUACAACAAUAAAUCUUUAGGCCACAACGCGCAAUCAUAUAUCUAUUAUGAGAACUUACUGCUUGGUGUCCCACGGCUACGCCAACUCAAGGUCCAGAACAACUCAUGUGUGGUGCAUGAUGACUUCAAAGAAGAUAUUUCUGGUUGUUAUGAUGUAUACAGUGAAGAGAAAGAGAACACGUCACCCUUUGGACUCUUCAAUGGGACAGCGUGGCAAUAUUACACGGAGCAAGAGCUUGAUGGCUCCUCUCACUGGGGCAGAUUAACCAGUUAUAGUGGAGGAGGCUAUUAUGUAGAUCUCAAAAUAAUCCGGGAGGAAAGUGCUGAAACCCUGCAAAUUUUGAAAGAAAACCUAUGGCUGGAUCGGGGAACCCGUGUCGUUUUUAUGGACUUCUCUGUGUAUAAUGCCAACAUCAACCUCUUCUGUGUGCUGAGGUUGGUGGUGGAAUUCCCUGCCACUGGGGGCGCCAUUCCCUCGUGGCAGAUUCGGACUGUGAAACUCCUCCGGUAUGUCAGCACUUGGGAUUUCUUCAUUGUCUCUUGUGAAAUUGUCUUCUGCAUCUUUAUCUUCUAUUACAUUGUGGAAGAAAUCCUGGAACUGCACAUUCACAGGCUUCAGUACUUCACCAGCAUCUGGAACAUUUUGGAUAUAGUGGUCAUUUUGCUUUCUGUUUUAGCCAUUGGAUUCCACAUUUUUCGUACCAUUGAAGUUAACAGGUUGAUGGGGCAGCUGCUAAGAAAUCCCAGCAUCUAUGCAGACUUUGAAUUUCUGGCUUUUUGGCAGACCCAGUACAACAACAUGAAUGCUGUGAACUUAUUCUUUGCCUGGAUCAAGAUAUUCAAAUACAUUAGCUUUAACAAAACAAUGACCCAGCUGUCCUCCACCCUUGCCCGAUGUGCCAAGGACAUCCUGGGCUUUGCCAUCAUGUUCUUCAUUGUCUUUUUUGCCUAUGCGCAACUGGGAUAUCUCCUUUUUGGAACCCAAGUAGAAAACUUCAGCACCUUUGUUAAAUGCAUCUUCACGCAGUUUCGCAUCAUUCUUGGUGACUUUGACUACAAUGCUAUUGACAAUGCCAACAGAAUCUUGGGACCGAUAUAUUUCGUCACCUAUGUCUUCUUUGUCUUCUUUGUGCUGUUGAACAUGUUUCUGGCUAUUAUAAAUGACACCUACUCAGAAGUAAAAGAAGAACUUUCAAACCAGAAGAAUGAACUGCAGCUGUCGGACAUUCUGAAACAAGGCUAUAACAGGACCCUGAUGAAGCUGAAACUGAAAAAAGACCGGAUCUCUGAUGUGCAGAAAGCUUUGCAGAAAGGAACCAAAGAAUUGGAAUAUGAAGACUUUAAGAACAGUUUGAGAGAGCUGGGUCAUGCUGAACAUGAAAUCACAGCAGCCUUUGCAAAAUUUGAUAAAGAUGGUAACCAGAUCCUUGAUGAGGAAGAACAGAAGAGAAUGCGGAAUGAUUUGGAGGAGAAGAAAGUUGCUCUGAAUGAAGAAAUUGAGAAUUUGGGGAAAUCCUUCAGGGACAACACUUUGGACAAUACUCUUGGCUUUGCAGAGGCAAAGAAUAAUCAAGCAAACAAAACCAGCCGUGUUUCUGAGGAAGAAUUCCAAAUACUCCUGAGACGAGUGCUACAGUUGGAGAAUUCUGUUGGUGGCAUCAUAUCCAAGACAGAAGCCUUGGUAAUUAAACUGGAAGACCUUGAGAGAAGCAAAUUGAAGAAAAAAGACUCGGUACCUGAGGGAGAACAUCUGACUGAAGAAAAUCUGGCUCCGCAGAAUGCUGAACGUGUUGUUACAGAAGAGGGCAGACUGGACACAGCCCAAGUGCAGGAGAAUUAUAUCAGUGUGAAUUCUCUGAAUAGGAGUCAGGGUGUCUACCCCAUUCUGUCCAGAUUAGACCUAUUAAACUCUCAAACUCCCAAGAACAUCCAGUUCAAAUCUAACAGGAACUUCUAGCUUAUUGCUGAAUACAUGCAGUAUUAAUUACUCUUCUUGCGGUUUCAUUAUGUUUAGGCUAGUAAAGCAUUUAAUUAUAUUUUAUAAUCCUGCCUCUAGGAAUAUCUCUGCCCUUUUCUUUACAAAAAGGAGCUUUGGGAUAGGGGAUAUUCAAGCAGAACUGGGUGGACGAAUGGUUCUUUUAACCUCUUUCUAAACACUACCAGUCUACUGCUGGGUGAGUUUUCUUCAUGCAGAAGAGAUAAAACAUAAGCAGAUUUAUGUAUUUAGCCAUAUACGAUCAGACAUAAUGAAAAAGGAAACAUCCCCUGAGUUUUAAAGGGAUCACAAACCUGGAUCUAAAUUUUGCACUGUAUUUUUAAUCUUUCAAAGUAAUCUCUGUACUUAUCCAGGUCAGAUAUGAAGCCCAAGUUUAAAUUUGAAACUUGGCAUUGCCAGUAUUCACAGAAGGAAUAUUUCUGCACAGGUUUCACUUCUCGAAGGAAAACCAUGUACAUACUGGAGAUUGUAAUGAGCUGGUGUGUUAUUGUUAUUCUGGGUGCUAGGAUUCAAAUACUCAAGUGACAAUUCUGAAACCUGGCUAAAGAUCUGCAGGAUGGUAAGCAUAUUUAAAUAGCCCGAUUUAUACACAAGAAAAUAGCAUACUGUAUACUAUUUUCUGACAAUGUAAAACUCCUUUUACAUUUCAGUAGAUUAUUUUGACCACUGUAAAGUGUCUACAUUCCUAGAUUAUAAUAAAUAGAAGGAUUGGUAUGUAUCAUGGACACUAAA